GUACACCUUUGAAUUGGCUGCUACUCAACGUCGCGUGCGUUCUCCCACCUCUCCCGUGCUGCAUAACGCAGUCUCUCCCCCAAUGCUGCGUCGUCCCUGGCGUACCGUCAUCGCCUCUGCAGCUGUCCUUGGUUCCUCUUAUUACCUCUACAAUCGCACGAGGCGCCCAUCAAGCGCGCCAGAGACCUUUGACGUGAGCAUUCGCUCGAGCGUUGCCGGUCCAGACGGCAAGCGCGGUCUGACAACUCAGACGCUCCCACUUCUCCCAAUGACAGACGUGGAAGCGCGAAUUAAAGAAUAUGCAAACCUACGCGUCACCCCGCGUCAUAGCAGACUGAUUUGGAAGCACGCGACCGCGCAACUCGCGUCAAAUAAUCCUAUUGAGGACGCACACGCUGAAGCAAUCGUAGAACGCGACCAACAAGAUGGUGAUUACUUGUUCUUUGCUGUCAUGGACGGUCAUUCGGGGCCAUAUACCUCGCGCCUCCUCUCCAAGACUCUUAUUCCUGCUGUUGCACUCCAGCUCCGCGAGCUUUCCGAAUCACCAAGUUCAUUCGACUCCAAAGCAGGUCGUACAAGCCUCUUCGACAGUAUCCGUUCCCUCUUCAACUCCUCCACGCCUAAAGCUCCGGGCGCACACACCGUUCCUUUUGACGCCGACCCCAAAUUCGUAGCUCUCGCAAUUCAAACCGCAUUUGCAAUGGUCGACUCAGAAAUCGCCAACGCGCCACUUCGCCUCAUUCAACAGCACCUCAAAGAGAUCGGCGCGAAGCCGAACGACCCUUUGCCCGAUCUUUCACAGCAUCCGAUGGCGCUCGCUUCCAUGGUGCCCGCUUUGUCCGGCAGCUGUGCGAUCCUUGCUCUGUUAGACACUGCACAUCGUGACUUGUACGUCGCGUGUACCGGCGACUGCCGCGCUGUCGCUGGCGUCUGGGAGGAAUCUCCCGACGGGUCCGGAAAUGGUACUUGGCGAGUCGACGUGCUUAGUGAUGAUCAAACAGGUCGAAAUCCCAGCGAGCUCAAACGACUGCAGAGUGAACACCCGAAGGAUGAAGCUAUGACAGUCGUCCAGCGGGGCCGAAUCCUUGGCGGGCUUGAGCCAUCGCGCGCUUUUGGCGACUCGCGAUACAAAUGGCCGUUACAUAUUCAACAGAUAUUAUCACGCGUAUUCAUGGAGGGGAACGACAAACCCGUCCGUCGUCCUCCACCAGCCUUCAAAACACCGCCAUACGUUACUGCCCAGCCCGUCAUCACGCAUCGUAAACUCGAUUUCCUUCCUUUGGCCGAACAACCACCUGCACCGUUCCCUUCUCCCUCUCCCGCAGCAACAUCAUCAAAACUCCGCUUCCUAAUCCUCGCAACCGACGGCCUCUGGGACCAACUCUCCUCUCAAGACGCAGUCGCCCUCGUCGGCGCACACCUCUCCGGUCUCCGCAUACCUUCCAUCUCCCGCUCUUCCCUCCAACAAUACGCUCCUACGAAAUUAGGUGACUCGGUCGGCGUAGAAGGCAAAGACAAACUCGCCACCUCCUCAAAUACGAAUGGGAAGGAGGAAGGAGGACUGGACUGGACGUUCGUCGACUCCCACCCGGGCACACACCUCCUACGUAACGCCUUUGGCGGCGCCGACAAGGACAAAUUACAGAGACUUGUGAGUCUCCCUGCGCCGAUAAGUAGACGCUUUAGGGAUGAUGUGACUGUUACUGUUGUUUGGUGGGAGGAUGGAAGGGCUAUGGAAGCGAGGUUGGAGAAUAUUAGGCUAGCUGCUACUGGUGUUGCUGGUGUUGCUCCCUCUAAGGGUGCAGUACAGGCAAAGUUGUAG